AUGCUUAGUGGAGGACCACGAGGAUGUGUAGGUUUUGCUAAUAGUCCCACUAGUGGUUGGAUGAUUGGACCAUUGUUUUUAAAAGUUCUUGAACACAUGAAGCUUAUAAUCAGGUGCUCAAAAGAGGAUCCUAUACUGCUUUUGAUGGACAACCACGAGAGACAUUGCACAUUGGAUGCUAUCAACUACUGUCGAGAAAUUGGAAAAGUUGUUGUUACAUUUCCUCCUCAUUGUUCAGAGGGUUCCUCUGGAGUGAGAAUAGUGACUCGUAAAUCACUCUUCGAUAAGAUGAAGAAUGAAAAUUUACGUAAUUUAGAAGAAAAGCUAUGUUUUUUGAGAGACCACCUUUUAACUCAAGACAACCUUAGUGAAAGUCAGUUAAAUAAACUGAAACGCAAUUUUUCACAUUUCAAAUCAGAAAUGAAGCAAAGGUGGAUUAAAUCGCACAAAAAAGAAGAGGUUUUCUUAACAAACAACCAUCUUUGGCUGGAAGGCAAUUUCGAAAUUCCAGUCACAACUAAAAAUCGUCAAGGUCGCCCUCGUAAAUCAUUUGGUGAAUCUAGCGAAAGGAGCAAAAGAAGAAAAACUGAAGAGAUCCGCUCCAAUGUAGAAGAUGGUGUUAUAGUUCACGCAGCUCAAGUUGAACUGAGAAAAUCGGGAAAACGUGAUGCUUCCCGCGUUCUCCAAGAUAUAACAAGCUCUCCGACGCGUGCAACGAAGUACAAAAAAGCUUUCGAUACCUCUAAGUGUGGAAAAUCAUCGCGUCUAACCCCCAUGGAAGCUUUAAAAAUGUUUAUAGAUGCAGAUUUAACACGAGCACAGUAUGAAGUUAUAAGAAACACGAACAAGAAGUUUUUCCCGUGUUAUAGCCUAAUUCAAGAAGCCAAAAAGAAAUGUUAUCCUCCUCCAGAAACGAUCACGAUAACGAGUACCUGCGCGGAAACCCAACUGCAACCAUUAAUUGAUAUUACUGUUAAGCGCUUAUCGGAAUUCUUAGAAGAAGUCUUAUUGACAAUAAAAGAGCAAGAGCGGAACACUUUGAAGUUGAUAUGUAAAUGGGGCUGCGAUGGAUCCCAACAAGCACAGUACAAACAAAAACUUCAAAAUGAGGCUGACUCUGAUGCAAAUAUUUUUCAAAGCUGCUUUGUACCUGUGCGACUUAUUUGCGGUAAGGACAAUCAAAAGGUGUUAUGGGAAAAUCCAACACCUUCAUCUGCCCGAUUUUGUCGUCCAAUAAGAUUUCGCUUCGUCAAAGAGACAACUGAUGUAACAAAUGCAGAGAUCAAUUAUGUUAAAAAUUCCAUUAAUAAUUUGGUUGCGACUGAGGUGGAUAUUGACGGAGAAAAGUUUUUGGUGCAUUCCCAAUUUGUAAUGACAAUGGUAGAUGGAAAGGUUUGCAACGCAGCUACUGGAACAACAUCUACAAGUCGUUGCUAUAUUUGUGGGAAAACUUCCAAAGAAUUCAACAAUUUAAAGGACAAAAAGAGAAUUUCAAAGGAUGCUACUGAAUUCGCUAGAUUAACUAAAUACCCCUAUGUGCAUCGUUUGCAACCGUUAGAUGUGGCGGUUAAUGGUCCUUUCAAGUCAAGAUCGAAAAUGUUUUACCACCGCAUAUUUUUCCAUAUGGUUGAUAUGAUGACAGUUAAUGCGUGGUUGUUAUACAGGAGAACUUUAGCAGAUUUAGACCCAUAUUUACCUUUAGCUGACUUCAAAUGCGCAGUAGCUGAAGGGUUAAGCCAAACCAAUAAACCAUCAACAAGUGGAAAACGAGGACGGCCUUCUUAUGAACUGGAAAAUGCUAUUGAAGCGAAGAAAUUGAGAGGACCCAUUGCUGUCAUGCCGUUUAGAGAUAUAAGACUGGAUCAAAUAGAUCAUAUGCUUGUCUGGACCACUAGACAACGGUGCAAAGUACCAGAAUAUAAGGGUCAGAAAUACAUCCCGCACACAAGGGAACAUAGACGUAACAGUAGUUCCAUCAAAACCGCCAGAGGGCAAGUUGCGUCUCGGUCGAAAUACCACCUGUUUGUUACCUCCUCCAAUGGAACAACGCCACAUGGGUCAGUUGCGUUCUUGAUACACGUGAGAGUAGUUGUGUUCUGUGCCACAGUGACGGCUAAAAUGAGCGAACGGACCAAGAAAAUUGUGCGGCUUGCUCGUGAAAUAAUGAGUAAGGAAAUCGAUGAGGUGAAUUUUUCUUCUUCUGUGUCAAAUGACAAUGAAAUGCCUGCACCCUCCAUACAGGUCAGUAAUAUCAGUCAUGAUCAAUCCAAUCAUGAAUCAACCCAGUGGAAUGUUGUGGAGUCAACUCCGACAACUAUGCAUUUGAAAAAAUUGGAGUCUUCUGAGCACGGUACCACUUCGGAUGAAUCCGAUGACGUCGUUUCAUCAGGUUCAGGCGAAAUGUAUGAUCCAUCAAGUAGUGAUGAAUCUUCGGACAGCAAUUUAUCUCCUUCUUCCCCAAUUACCUCCACUACCAACAAUGCCGAAACCCAGCUAGAUGAAACACAACUCCAUGAACCAUCUCCAACAGUGAGGGGAAAAAAAAGAACAAGAAAUGUCGAAAACUGGUGCAAAGUAAAAGCUAAACUGUUGAGGAACUCAGGAAAAAGUUAUACAGGUAGAACAGGGAAAACUGUACCCCCUCGAAAGUUGGGUCCUUCUUGCAAGGAUAAAUGUAUCCUGUCUUGUUCCAAGAAAUUCACAGAACAAUACAGAGUUCAGCUGUUCACGGAUUAUUGGGCAAUGGGUUCGAUACAACGUCAGCGGGAUUUUCUCAGUGCAUGUAUUGAGAAACUUGCUCUGAAAUAUCGUCGCAUAACUGCCCAAGAACCUCGAAAGCCAAAUUGUGCUUUUUAUCUGAGGGAUACUAAUACAAAUAAGGUUCGAGUAUGUAAAACCUUCAUAAUAAAUACUUUGGGGAUAAGCGAAAGAGCAAUCCGUACAGUAAUCCACAUUGAGUGGAACUGGAAUUGCUUCUUUGGAAGACAAAAGAGGAACCACAUAAACUCGAUCCCCCGUGUUGAGAGCCACUACGUACGAAAGGACACAAUGAGAGAGUUCAUCGAUGGUGGUUUAACCAUAGCAGAUAUGCAUCGUCAGUAUUCUGCCGAACGAUCUGCAAUUAAUAUGCAACCGGCAAAUUAUGAUACGUAUGCACGGAUAUUUAACAACGAAUUUAAUAUAGGAUUCUUCCUGCCGAAGAAGGAUCAAUGUGAUCAAUGUGAGGCGUACAAAAAUGCUGUUAAUGAUGACAAGAAGGAACUUGAAGACGCUUACCACCUACAUCAGGAGGAAAAAGAAUUAAGUCGACUUGAGAAAGAAAAGUCCCAAAAAGGAGAAAUCAAGUUAGCUGUUUACGACCUACAAGCAGUGUUGCCAGUACCGAUGGGGCAAACAUCAGCUUUUUAUUACAAGUCACGACUAAAUUGUUUCAAUUUCACAGUAACUGAAAUCGGAAGCGACAAGACCGUGUGCUUCUUUUGGCAUGAAGGACUUGGGCACAGGGGUGUUAACGAGAUAGGAACUGGCGUUUACAAAUAUCUCGACGCGUGUUCAAGUAGCAGCCCUGGGCAAGACGUUGUAUUGUACUCUGACAACUGCGGGGGCCAACAGAAGAACCGAAUGGGGUCACACACACUGAGGGAUCGUGAAAUAGAUGACCUAUUGCACCAAUAUGAUAGUGAAGACGGAUUAGAAGACGAUGAUGACAGCGUCAUUGAUCCAGAUUUUCAGCCGUUAUUAGAAGAUUUAGAAAUAUUUUCUGAUUGUGAAGAAGAUACUGCAGUUGAUAUAGAUUCAAUUAUCGAAGAAUCUGAACGCAGUGAGCCUGUUGCUGGCGCCUCGUCUUCAGAUCCUGGACAGCAAGAGAGCCAUUCAAAUAAAGCUACCACUAAUAAAAAAGGAAAAAAGCGACAAUUACAAUGGAAAAAGAAAAACCUACUUCUAAACGACCAGCAGUUGCGAUUUACAGGAAAUACUACUUUACCACCUAAUUUACUUGAGCUUGAUACACCAAUUCAAUUCUUUUUAUAUUUUUUUCCCAAAGAAUUGAUAACUUUUAUUACAGCACAAACAAAUCUCUACAUAAUACAAAAAAAUCCUAACCAAUCCUUUCAAAUUACCGAUACCGAUAUCCAGCAAUUUAUUGGAGCAACUUAUCUGAUGUCAUUGAUACAAUUGCCAAGAGUAACCAGUCAUUGGAACACAACUAUUGGUACACCCAUGAUUCAAGAAAUAAUGCCGAAGCAAAAAUUUGAAAAAAUUAGACAGUAUAUCCAUUUCAAUGACAAUUCUAAUUUACCCCCACGUAAUUCAGCUAAUGGUGACAGGCUUUUCAAAAUUAGACCUAUCGUAGAAACUUUGAAUAGGACUUUUAGUACAGUUCCAUUGGAGACAUACCUUUGUGUGGACGAACAGAUUUGCUCCACUAAGGCAAGAUAUGAUAUUUAUAAUAUGGACGAAACUGGGGUUAAAACAAGUGCUAGUCACCCACCCCGAGUCAUUGACGUUAAAGGGAAAAAGCAAGUAGGAGUCGUAUCUUCCGCAGAAAAGGGACAACUUACGACUAUAAUUUGCGCUUGUAGUGCGACAGGCAGAUUUGUACCCCCAUGCUUUAUUUUCGGAAAAAGAAAGAGAAUGAAUGCUCGUUUGCUGGAUGAUGCCCCUAACGGUGCACAGGUUCUACCUAAUAAUGAGCUUGAAAAGAGAAUAAUAGAGGCUUUCGAAGUUUUUGAUCAUUCUGGGAAACAAGUGGUUGACGUUCGAGAAGUGGGUACUAUCUUGCGAUCUCUAGGAUGUUGUCCUACGGAGGCUGAAGUUCAAGAAGUAAUUCUGGCAACCGAAAACAAAGAAGCUACCGGCAAUGUUCCACUUAUAAAUUUUCUUCCUUACUUGUUCAAGGCUAUUACUGAUCACAGGUUUUAUCCAGCGAGCGCUGAAGUUUUGUUAGCAGCGUUCCGUUAUUUCGACAAAGAUGGACAGGGUUUUAUAACUAAAGAGAGAUUUACACAACUCAUGCUUGAAGAAGGGGAGCCAUUUACUCAGGAAGAAUUCGACGAAAUGAUCCAAGUAGCGCUCGAUCCUGUCACAGAUACUAUAACUUACGAGUAUUAUAUUAAUCAACUGAUGUUCAUUUAA